AUGAAGCCAAUUAUUCCGCUAUACACGUUGCUCCUCAGCCUCGUAUACGCCCACCAGACGACAGAGCAAGCCGCUUUCACCUCAGUGCAAGAUCCCAUCGACAUAUCAAAAGAACCAUGGACCAGCAAGUACGGGUUACAGCACGAUCUAGGGUUCACUGGUCCACUCAGCUUCUCGCAUCUUCCAUACGCGCGGUGCUUGCAGGAUGCCUCCAAUAAAUUUGAUAUCGCAAUACUCGGGUUCCCGUUCGACACAACUACUUCUUACCGCCCAGGAGCGCGUUUCGGGCCUGCGGGGAUCCGGCACGGGUCGAGGAGGCAGAGCGAGAGAGGGUACACUGUUACUUGGGGAACUAGCCCGUACGACCUCGGCGCGACAAUGAUGGAUUGCGGUGAUGUACCAUUGAGUGGAUACGACAAUGCGAAAGCUAUUGAUCAGAUGGAGGCGGCGUAUUCGACGUUGUUGAUGAGACCGGUUAGUGGAGGCGUCGCCGGACGGGAGAGGAAGGCAUACACGGCGCGUCUUGCGAACGAUGACAAGGAACACCCGCGAAUCAUUACACUGGGAGGGGAUCAUACUAUCGUCCUCCCUAUUCUACGAUCGUUGAACAAAGUAUACGGCCCCGUAUCAGUAAUCCAUUUCGACGCGCAUCUAGAUACUUGGGCUCCACGCGGCACGACCGCCCAGGAGCGCAUCACGCACGGCUCGUUCUUCGCUGUUGCCGCUGAAGAGCACCUCAUUCGGAAUACGAGUGUGCACGCUGGUAUUCGGUGUAAGAUGGCUGACAUAGGUGACGUCGAGCACGACGAUACAGUAGGGUUCCAGAUCGUCAGCACGGACGACAUAGACGACUAUGGGAUCAACAAAGUCAUUAAAGCCAUCCGGACUCGCAUUGGGUCUAGUCCUGUUUAUCUAAGCCUGGAUAUUGACGUCGUUGACCCCGGGCUUGCCCCUGCAACUGGUACGCCCGAGGCCGGAGGGUGGACUACACGCGAAGUCAAGCGCAUACUACGCGGGCUUUCGGGGCUUAACUUCGUAGGCGCAGAUAUAGUCGAGGUCGCGCCAGCAUACGACCACGCUGAUAUCACGAGCAUUGCCGCCGCAGAUAUCGUUUACGACUUCCUGACGAUGCUGCAGACCGAAACGCCGCCGCCGCCCCAUGAUUCUCCCUUGUUUAGGGAUCUAGAUGAUUAG